GAAACUUCCUUGACUGUAGAGCUAACUAUAGAGAGUAUUCUGUUGCAAGGGCGCUUGUUCAAAUGCCGUGCAUACAGUAGUUUAGGAUAACCGGUUUUAUCACAGGACCAUGAGUCGUGGAUCUAAAACUAAAACAGAGAGCACUCAAAGCUUUCUGCUGAGCCCACAGGAGAAUGAGAAGCUGGAGGAGCUGCUGGGCAGAAGGUGUGCUUCCAUGGCCACCGCAGUCGCACAGCUGUUCAUGGCUCUACCUAACAGUUCAUCCAUGUGGAGCUUGCAGCACACUGGGGUGGCCUGUUUCGUCAAAGACAACCCUCAGCGCUCCUAUUUCAUACGGAUGUUUGAUUUAAAGGUCGGGAGUAUGGUUUGGGAGCAGGAGCUCUACAACCAAAUUGUGUACUCAGCCCCAAAGCCAUUCUUUCAUACCUUUCCUGCUGAUGACUGCCAGGUCGGACUGAACUUCUGUGAUCAGCAGGAAGCAGACAGUUUCCAAACUGCUGUUCAGGAAAAAAUCAACCAAAGAAACACCCGUCAAGACAAGAAACAGCGCCCCCCGCACACUAGUGACAGAGGUUCCCUGCCUCCACUCCCACCUGAAAAAGGACCUAGUGGCCCUCCGUCUUUUCACAUGGCCACAGUGGACAUUCAAAACCCAGAUAUCCAGUCUUCACGUUACCGCUCGGUACCUACACCUGCUGCUGCCUCUGCUGCGACAGGCAAAGGAAAGAAGGACAAGAAGAAGAAGAAAAAGGGCCCCAAGCUCUCCAAAGCAGACAUAGGAGCACCUAGUGGAUUUAAGCAUGUAAGUCAUGUCGGGUGGGACCCUAACAACCUGGACCCUGACCUGAUGCGGCUGCUGUCUCAAGCUGGCAUUAGUGAAGCUGAAAUGAGGGAUGAAAAAACCUCCCAGCUCAUCUAUAAUGUAAUUGAACAGUCAGGAGGGAUGGAGGCAGUCAAAAGGGAGGUGAACAGAGCAGCUACAGGACCUCCACCUCCUCCACCUGGCAGACAGGGGCCCCUCCCUCCGCUACCAGGCUCUAGCCCCUCUGCUCCAACCCCUCCAGCCCAGCGAGGCCGUUCUGGCCCUCUGCCUCCCAUUCCAGGUCAUUCACAGCGAGCAGGCCCGCCUCCCCAGCCACCUCCUUCUCGUGGAUCUUUACCACCCCCUCCUCCAUCAAGCCGAAGCGGCCCUCCGCCACCCCCGCCAUCACAUGCUCCACCUCCUCCAUCUUCAAGGUCUCCUCAUGCUCCACCUCCCAUGUCUUCCCACGGCGCUCCUCCUCCUCCACCACCAAGCCAGCGCUCCGCAGGUUUUCCACCUCCUCCUGUCCCGUCUACACCCAGCAGAGGGGUUGGUGGUGGAGGAGGAGGAGGAGGAGGAGGGGGCCCACCUCCUCCUCCUCCACCACCACCACCGCCACCUCCCCCAACUUCUGUUUCUUCAGAUUUCCCUCCUCCUCCCAUGUCUGGCGGUGCACCACGACCUACUUCCGCUUCCGUUGGUGGAGGAGACAGCAGAGGAGCUUUGCUGGAUCAGAUCAUAAUCGGGAAAAAACUGAGAAAAGUAACAGACGACCCUAAUCCAGCUCCACCUGCAUCAGCAGAGUCAGGUGAAGGCAUUGUCGGUGCUCUCAUGAUGGUCAUGCAGAAGAGAAGCAAAGUCAUCCAUUCCUCUGAUGAAAGUGAAGAUGACGGUGGGGAUGACGAUGAUGAUGACGAUGAAUGGGAUGACUGAUCUAGCUGUUCUUGUUUUUUGUGAAUUUUCCACUUGCUUGAGUUCUGAUGUUUGUUUUAACCCCAUGAACUGUUACACUGUUACAUGCGAUGAUCUGUUACAGGUUCGUUAACUGCAAACUGGAGUAUAGCUUGGAUAUGUGAUAAAGUACUGUUUGUAGAGGAUUUGCAAAAA